CACUAUGCCCAGCUUAUAACUACGCCGAAGUUAUGGUUGACAAGAUUGCUUGCUGCUUUGACCUGCUAUGUCACAUCCUCUGACCGCAGCGCAUACCGGUAUUUUACUAGAGUCUGACGUUGCACUAACUUUUGUAGUGAUACGAAUUAGGACAAAUGAAUACCGGGGGCAGCCCAGUAUACGGUGAGCCCUCACCAGUUAUCCGGGCGCCCUUGAGCGCUACGGUUGUGGAGUCGCCCCAGAGUCUCCAACCCAUGCACACCAGCAAGCUGCCGCGGCUGCAUUACUGUGCAUAUAGAGGCGACGUAGAGGGCAUUCUACAAUGCAUUAACGAGGGCUGCAGUCUUCAUGAGACAAUAUCACUCCGUAACCAGCACGGCCGCCUCGUUUGUGGGAUCCCGCUCCUAGAUCACCGCACUCUUCCUGGCCGCCCAGCGCGGGCACGGCGAGAUCGUGAAGCUCCUGGUCACCAACGGAGCCAGCCCCGUGCAGCCCUGCUUCAUACAGGGUAGCACCGAGCUCUGCACCCCCGCGGAGGUCGCCUCGCUGAACCUGCACUUCAAACUUGCUAGGUGGCUCAAGUCCGCAGCUCGCGCCCGGCGGCGGGAGGAUGAGGUGCUGGCGCUGGAUGACGAGGAGCGCAUGUCGCAGGUCUCCUCCCGGCUGGCUCGCGGCCUGGUCCGCGCGCGCAGCACCCGCAGCCUCUCCAGCGUCCCCAUGCACGGCUCCACCUCGGGGGCGCUGGGGCGCUUCUCCCGGGGCUCCCGCACCGGCGGCAUGGGGGUCGGAGCAGCAGCAGCCGCAGGGGGCUUCAACGACGCCGCCAGCGUGCAGAGCAGCGGGGCGCAUGCGGUGCCGCCGCGGCUGGAGCAGCUGGGGUACGGCGGGGGGGCGGAGGACCAGGAGAACGACCCGCAGCGGCUGGCUGCACUGAACUUUGUGCAGAACGUGGACCUGGCCGCUUUCGACCCGGACUGCCCGGCCUACGUGGCGGGUCCCGGCAAGGGGCAACGGGGCCCGGUGGCGCGACUGUUCCGCCGCCUCAUGUCCUGGGGCGGCUCCGGGUCCCACCCGCCGGCCGCUGGUGCUGCUGGUGCCAUGGGGGGCCUGCAGGGGAGCGGCGCGGUGCGGGCGUCUGCCUCGCAGAGGGUGCGGAAUGGAGGAGGAGGCGUUGGUGCUGGAGGCGGAGGUGGCAUGGGAGCGGGUGUCGGAGGUGGUGGCAGCGGCGUGGCGAGGAACCUGGCGAUGGAUUUGGAGGCCGUGGACCCCGCCCGGCCCGACCACACCAAGGUGCUGCAGCGCUUCCUGAAAGACCUGGACCUGGCGCACUGGCAGCCCGAGCAGGACGGCCCGCUGGAGAGCUCCGUGGCGGGGGGCAACGCCAACCCCAGCAGCAGCAGCACCCGACCCACCUCCCCCAGCCGCAGUCGAGCCAGCCCGCCAGCUAGCGCACGAGGCAACGUGAGCCCGGCGCGGUCCAGGGCGUGAGGGUGGUGAUGGCGGUGGUCAUUGCGGCCUAGGGAAGUCGAGGAGGGGAGGAGGGGAGUUGUUUAGCUGCACGGGCUGUACUUCUCCUGGAAGGGGGUGAAGGAGGGGAGCGGUCGACCUCUUGUUCAUGUCAGGAUGAGUCGGAGGGGGCGGGGGCGUGCUUUCCUGGAUUGGGUCUGGUCAGGGCGUGGCUGGGAGGAUGCAGGCAGGUGGGAUAGGGAGUUGGCGAAGAGCGGGUUGUUGUGGGAUGUUGCGCGGGCCGGUUGUACGGAUGCGAUGCAGGCCGGUAUGGGCCUGUUGGCAAUGGUUCCGUGGUGGACGAAAUUGGCAUGCAGUUGGUCUGGUACGCGUGCUUUGCGUGGCCUAACCGGUAUUUGCAUGCCUCUUGUUCAGGGUGUAGUUUGAGUUCUUUUCUUGUUGCAGCUUGCAAAGGAGUGAAGCGUGUAGGUAAGGCUAGGGGAUUACAUAAAGCACAAUUUAUGUUUCUCCAAGUGACAUGCUUAUUAUUGCGGCGUUUCUGGUUAUGAGGGGUUUUCCUGCUGAAGUAGGGAAAGUCGGCUGCCCAGGGUAAGAACGAGGGUGAUGUAGAAAGGCAGGCAUGUUUUUGGGGAAAUGGGGACACCGGUGACACUUGAUGGAGGACCCUAGGAGGGUUGCAAGUCACAACGCCCUCGCUUUGGGCUUUGGUUGCAGCUUGGUUGGCAGCGGCUGCCUGCUUACUGCAGGGGAGCUGCUGCAUCAGAGCCGGCCAAACCUGGAUUUGGUCGUUGUCAUGCAUGGUUGCAACAGAUGCGUUGUUUCAUGUUGUUGCGCUGUACAUCUGGUCCCUCCGCCGUGUCUGGCAGGGGCCCUGAAAGGCUGGAGGAGGCAGCGGUUUUGCGUUGGUUAGGGGCCCUGGGUCAUGUUAGCUGUGCCUCUACUGGCGGUAGGCCCUCUUGCUUGGGAAGUCAAAGUGCAAGGGGUUCUUACCGUAUUCACAGUGUGGAAGAACAACCAAGAGCCUCUGCGCGGUCACUUGCGACGUCACCUUGUUAGUUUGCCGUCAGGAUCAUUAUCCCACUGACAAGGAGCAGGGCCGUUGUGGCGACGUUUGCUGUGCUUAGCUGGACACAUGGAAGCCCCGUGGUCUCUGAUCUUUGUCAGAGGCCGACUAAGAUGGGUUCUUCCAAGGUACAGCGUUGCUGUUGCUACUUGAUUAGAAGUAGCUAGUGUUGCUAAUAGCAGACGGACCCGUGGGUCAUCGUGUCUCAAGAGUGUAUGCAUUUGUUAGGUGUCCCAAUGUGCAGGGUAAAGUAUGACUUCAGCAUCAUUUGUGUAGUCCCUAAAUGGAUGGGGAAUGGGAUCAUUAAGCGGUAGGCUGCAUCCCAGUUGAUGUUAGGGCGAUGGUUGGCGAUGAGGCGUUGAGCUUAUUUCCUGGGUUUGGUAAGUCCGUAGCGCUGCAACUGUUAGACGUCUGGGAGCUUAGGCAACGAUGUUUCUGAUUCUCGUAGGCGUUGUAUAGCAUCAGACACAUGCAGAUUUGGCAAUUAGCAAUCGUAGUUGGUAUUUGGCCUCAUUCCCCGUAUUUCCCCACGUUGAUAGUCUUCUUUAAUACUGUUAUGGAAAAAUCUCUCUGGAGUCUCCCAGUCCACUCGUUACUAGUUGUGUUGAUGCCGAAGGGUGUGCUAGUUGAUUAUACAUGGAUUUAGCUUUUGCAGACUGCGCAAAUUUGCUUGUUUAUUGGGCGCAUCGGCUAUUCUGUUCGAACUGCUGCUUUCAGGGGUCGUUACGAGGGGUUAAGGAGGGCGUGUAGCAGCACAGCCUGCCACCCAUGGAACCCCAACUCGAUGACUCGCAUGUGUCAUGGUGCUUAAAGCCACAUGCACGUGUGUGGCUGAGAUAUGUUGUCAAUUCUACUCUCCAACGCGCACACAAGCACUGACUUAUUGGCCUGUAACUGUAACCUGAUCACCUGGAGUGUUGCCCUGACGUGCUGCCGUCAAACGGCCAACCCAGGCGCUAUUGAACACCGCCAUGGGAACAGGGCUGUGUCAUUAGCCGUCACUGCCGUGGCGCUUGCGGGAAACUUUCAAAAGUUUCAAUCCUUGCGCUUUCAUGUAACUACUUGUUCCUCC